GUAAGAGAUCUCCCUGACGCCCAUAGAUUCAAUUUCUCCUCCCGUGUGACUUACACAUGAAUAGAUGGAACAUCACGCCGGGCCCAGCGGCUUUUCAUGAAGCUUCAUCGCUUCUCUCUUCCCGAGCUGAGAGGAGACGAUGAACGACUCCGUAAAUCCAUGGUGAUCACCGAGUCCGCCCCGCGGCCGCUGCCCGGCGUCCUCUUACCUUCCCCGGGGCACCAUGGGCUCGUAAGAUGCCUUCUCUGUGGAAACGAAUAACAUUCUCGGUGGCCUCGGCGCUGUGUGUCGGCUCGGUGGCCCUCCUGGUGGUGGCCCUGUCCACAGAGCGGUGGGUUAUCGGGCGGAUUCUGUGUAAAACCGGGGUGGACAUCGUGAACGCGUCCAGUCCGGAGAUGGACCAGUUUAUCGGGGACAUUUACUACGGUUUGUUCCAGGGAGGAAAGACCAAGAGGUGCGGACUCGGGAACAGGCGCUCCAAAAUAUACAUUUUUCCAAAGCUGGUGCAGACGCUGAAUGGGGGUCUUCACAUGAUGGUGAUUCUCUUCCUGCUGGUGGCGGUUGGCUUCGCCCUGGUCAGUCUGUCCUUCUGCAUUUACAACGCACGCAAGGUCCCCUACCAGAGCAUAAAAGGGCACAAAGGACUUUACCUAUGGAACUUCAUUGCUGCUCUUUUUGGCGCCCUGGGGGUUCUUUGUUUCCUGGCAGCCGUGAAGCACCACCGUCUGACUGAGCGGGUGGCAAACCAUGGAGAGAACCUCUUCGUCCUGGAGGUUCUGGAUAACAGCCUGGACUGGUCCUUCUGGCUGGGAGUUGGCAGCGUUGGGACUCACUUUGUCGUUUGUGGAGUGGUCGCUAUGAGUCGCAUCAAGUUGCCCAAACCGGAGAUCAAGAAGCCGGAAGAGCCCACAAUCUCUGCCCUUGACCUGCUCUACUGAAGAACACACACACGUGUUGCACACACACAGAAAAAGAGUUAUUGGUUGUGUCUUCUGCUUUCAGCGUAGAAAGGAAAAGAAAAAAACACUUACUGACAUUUGUGAUGACACUGUUUUACUUAUUUCACACUCAUUCUCACUGAAAACUGGUUUUAAAGGACCUUAAUGUUUAUUUGUUCUUAUUGGUUCUGAAUAGAUAAUUGAUGAAAAAGCAAACUUGUCCAGUUUAGACAGAGGGAUUUAUUGUUGGGUUUACUUUGGUACUGUGGACGAUGAAGAGUGGUCCAACAGAAUCACUCUGAACAUUUUACGUUCAGUAUUGUAAAUUCGGUUUGUGUAGUAAAUAAAUGUCUGUAAAUAUGCUAUUUAUUUUUUCAUUGUACAUAAAGAAUGUAAAUUACAGACAUUUAAAAUAUCAUUCCCAGUUAUCUGAUCCUUUUUUGUGUGUGUCUGGUUCCU